AUGGCAAUGGAGUUCACAAUCAGCGAAUCUGUCCGAAAUAUCUCACGAUUCGAGGAUCAGGAGCAAUAUUCCACAGACACAGAAACGCAUUUCAAUAUUCCAUGGGCCCUACAAAUCCGGAAAAACAAUGGUUAUCUUCAAUUUUAUUUGCUCUGCGAGAAAGAAGAAUGUGAAACUAGAAAAUGGUCGAUUGAAGUUGAAUUUAAACUGAAACUGGUGUCAUACAAUGGGAAGAGGUUGAUGACAGAUUGUAGAAGAACGUUUGAAAAGCCGUCUGGGCUUGGAUCCGGAGACUUCUUGAGCUGGGAGAAGUUUGAAAGGGAAUAUGUGGUUGACGAUAGUAUUGUAAUUGAAGCACAUGUCAAGAUAAUUAAAAUGACGGAUGAUCCGUGCACUGUAAACAAAAAUCAGAAAAUAUUUCUGUUGAUUCAGACUGUUGAAAAUGUUUCGAGCAUUGAAGAAGGAGGAGAUUUUCACACGAGAGUAGAAGAACGUUUUAAUAUUCCUUGGAGAUUAAAAAUUCAACGAAGGAAUGGAUUUCUUGGAUUGUUUUUGCGAUGUGAAAAGGAAGAAUCCAAUACAAGGAACUGGACUAUCGCAGUUGAACUUACGCUGACACUAGUCUCUGCGAAUGGUCGGAUCUUGACGUCAAGCACGACAUCGUUUUUCAAUAAGCCAGUUGGUUACGGCUUAGGAAAAGUUAUGAGAUGGGAUGAUAUGCUGGAGAAGUACGUGGACAACGAUAGGAUCAGAAUUGAAGUUCGUGGCAAGAUAACUGAAAUGACUGGCUGUGAUGGCAAUAAUUCCUCUAAUUGUGUAAUUAGUUAA